GUACAUAUUUAUCCUGUUGAUUGUAUCAAGGUUGGACAAGAAUUCUAAGAAAAAUGAUCAACGGACGUGCAUUACAUUUUGUAUUCAAGAUACCAGACCGUAAAUUAACGGCUAAAUUUUAUCGCGAGAUUCUCGGAAUGAAGGUGUUGAGGCACGAGGAAUUUGCGGACGGAUGUGAGGCAGCGUGUAACGGACCAUACGCAAACCGUUGGAGCAAGACGAUGAUAGGAUAUGGCCCUGAAGACACGCAUUUUGUAAUCGAACUGACGUACAAUUAUGGAAUUAAGAAAUAUGAGAUUGGUAAUGAUUUUAAAGCCAUCACCAUUCGUUCAAAAGACAUAAUUGACAGAGCACGUGCCAAUGGCUGGCCAAUGCAUGAAGAAAAUGGGAAAUUUGUGAUGGAGGCACCAGGUGGAUACAAAUAUCACAUUAUUAAUGAGCAACAUUCUGCUAAUAGCGAUCCAGUCGAGAAAGUUACCUUGUCCAGUUCCAAUCUGGAACGCACUAUUGCUUACUGGAAGGACAUGUUAGGCUUGAAGAUAUUUGAUCGGAAGGAUAAAAGCGUGUUGUUGGGCUACAAUGAGGAUCAAGCUAAACUUGAAUUUGAAGACAUUGGCACUGCAGUUAAUCAUGCAAAAGCAUACGGGCGUAUCGCUUUCUCGGUACCACAUUCGCAACAACCGAUGAUUCAAAAAAGUAUCAAAGACAGUGGAAAUAAAAUCUUGACUGAUCUCAUCACUCUGGAUACACCAGGGAAAGCUUCUGUACGAGUUAUUAUUCUUGCCGAUCCGGAUGGACAUGAAAUCUGCUUUGUAGAUGAUGAAGGAUUUAGGCAACUUUCAGUGCCAGAUUAUCCAAGUGAGGCAAUUUUAGACAGGUACAUCGAGAAGGAAGCGGCAAAUAAUGUGUAAAAAAUUAUUUUCCAAUUUUAUUCAAAUAUUAUUUCUAAUUUAAGAAUAUUAAGCGUACACAGUAUGGUGGUGGGAUAUUAAAUAUUAAUAAAAAUCAAUGAUUACUUGUGUGAUGCAGGACAUCCAAAUAAAACUACGUAUAUGAAUGUGCAAAGAAAAAAUGUGCGGGCAAACUAUUUACUGUAGUAACUUAGAUAAAAAGUUAUACUCUUAUAUAUUUAUAUUUAUUGUAUCAAAAUAAAUUUUGUUGCAUGAC